AUUAAGUCAAUUUUUCUCUUAUCUUCGCUAUUACGAACACAAUAACAAUGGUAGUGUUGUUAUGUCUGCUUCUCUGUUUUGGUCCCGUGCUAAGUUUUCUUAUUCCAGAAUCAUGCGACACUAUGGAUUGCAAGUUGGAUCAUGUGUUGCAUAUCGUCUCCAAACAGCAAGGCAUAAUGGACCAACAGUCCAGACAGAUUGCUGCACUAGAGAAACAACUGUCAACCAUGUCUUGUACGAAGGAUAACACGGGUCAAAAUCAAACGGAGUCUGGAACAACAACAAAGGGUGGCCACAAUACGCAGAGUUUAAUAUCAGGGCCACAAACAACCAUUCCAUCUUUCUACGCAGUUAAAUCUCGAGAUCAGCGAGAUCUUGCAAAAGGCGAGAGAAUCAUGUUUGAAACGGCGAUUACCAAUGCGUUCAAAGCAUAUGAUAUAUAUUCUGGUGUCUUCAAGGUUCCGCUAAAAGGAGCAUACGCUUUUACGUGGACUAUAGCCAUGAAUAACAUUGACAACCACGCUUGUUUCUCUCUUUUUGUCAAUGACGUUGUGGUUGGACAAACGUACUUGUGGAACAACGGAAGUGACGCAGUAUCAACGGGAUUUUCGGUCGUAGAGGUUAAUUCUGGUGACGACGUAUACAUGAGUGUUUGCAAUGUUAGCCAGCCAUUGGGUGAAAUAGUUAGCGACGUAUUCCGCAAGACAAGUUUUGCUGGAUGGUGUAUAGCAUGUGUGGGAUAGCUAGGUGUACAUUAUAUGUGGGAUAUCUAUUUUUGUAACUUUCCUAAAAAAUAAUUUUGUUCUGAAUUUUCAGAAUUAUUAAUUAUUAAAUUUCCAGAAAAAUAACUAAACGAAACGGGCCAUUAAGCAUGUGAUGUUUUGAUACAUUUUCUCUGUUUCGCAUUGAUUUUUAUUCCAAUAUCCAAUGCAUUCGCAAUCUAAGGGGGUUUACAAAACCAAUUGAAACACCCUUUGAAAUUCUAUGUUCAUCUCUUUACGAGUUUUUUUUUUCAGAUUUGUCAUUCACUCGUUUUGUUGCAUUUUUAAGCAGUUUGAUCGUGACUACAAAAGUAAAACGAGACCACAACCAAACAAAAAAAACGUCAUAGAAUUAGUAGUCGAAGCAACCCGACGUUGUGUUUUAAGCGCACAAUGAACACUGCUGUUAUCAAAUACACAGAAUUGAUAAUUUUCUGCAAGCAAGCAAUUUUAUUUCUCGGAGAAAACGAUAGUCUUGCUAAAGUAAUAGUAUGGAAAGGAUUGCAUCUUAAUAAUAUUAAAGAAUGAACUAUUUCGGAUAAUCAUAAAUAAGAGUAUACGUGUAACACAACAUGUUUAAUAAGAAAUACAGGAAGAGAAAAGGUACAAAAAAGAAUUUGGAUAAUCUUAAAAUGAACAUUCAUAUUGAAUUUAACAGAAAGGGAUCUAAUGUUGCAUAUGCCUUGUCUUGCCAAUCCGUUAUUCUAAAAUUUUAAUUUAACCUUUUUUUAAAAAUAAAUUCACGAUGCAUCAUGGACAGUCUUCAGCAGAGGGUCUACCAUUGUGUUGACUUCAGACAACAUAUAUUUUGAUCUGGAGUUCUCUUCAAUUAAAUCGCUUGGAUGCUUUUUCUACAGGCAGAAAAUCUCUUAUUCAUAUAUCUCAAUUACUCUCCUUCCUUGAAUUGAUGAUUUAAUUUUUUUAGGAAAGCGAAAAAAUAUUAUUAUCCUGCCUUGAAUUUAUUUAUCAAACAACAGCAGAGACACAAAAUAUCUUAAGUAAGUUUGAUUCUUUGAGGCUUGGUUACCAUACCAUAUAUCUAUAGCAUUUAGCGAAUUUCUUAUAAUCUUGAGUAUCGUCUAAGGGAAAUGAAUAAUAAUAUUAACAAAAGGCAAAAAUCAAUAUUGAAAGAAAUUGAGUGGUUAUGUGUGUUUGGGGGA